UCCUAGUACUGAGCUCCUACACAUGCCUUGGGUUCCUACACGUGCCUUGGAUUAGAGUGGCACGUGCCUCACAUGCAGAAAUCGCAUGAAUAGGGGAUUGUAUACAUACAGGGAGAUUAGAAAUCGCGUGAGAAAGUAGCCCGUUCUGGGAUCACAUCAGUCAUGGCUGUAACAGUCGCAGCCGGGUGACGAUUGAGUCGGCUCCUAAGUCCUAAGGCAGGGAGAGUAGAAAUCACGUGAAUUCGCCGCUCGCUCCGGGAUCACAUCAGUCAUGGCUGUGUCAGUCGCAGCGGAAUGGACGGAGCUCUCGAACUGCUUUUAUCGCGUACAGCCUCUGCCAGACCUGCAAUGGCAGGACGUGGACCUAUCAGAGCUCAUGGUCGCCUGUGCGCCCUACUGCGGGCCAAUCGCCACCGUCCGCGACCCCAACCACCUUCCCAGGCGCGGCAGUGGCGCAGGUUCGGCAGCAGGUUCGGCAGCCCAGGCUCGGCAGUACAUAUCAGUGUUUUCAGCAGCUGGACGGCCGAUCUCGAGAUUCCUGUGGGAGCCGCCGGGGGGGAGGCUGAUGGGGUUGGGGUGGAGGGAGGAUGCUGUGGGGGGGCUGGUGCUUGUAUCGGUGCUUGAAGACGGCACUGUUCAUCAGUGCUCAAUGCAUGGGAAAGGCACUCUCCCCCGCAUCCCCCUGCACACAAACAACCUCGAAGGAAUCACAGAGGCCCACAUAUUCGGCAUGAGAGGAGGAGGCGGGGCAGGAGAGAGGAAAGGAGAUGGUACUGGGGGGGAGGCAAGUGGCGGGAAAGGGGAAGGAGGGGGAGGGGCUGUGGUGGCGGGCGUGGUGUGCUUGACUGAGAGCUGCCAGCUACUAGCGAUGGUGGACUUUGAUGAGCCCGAGGUCUUCCCACUGGCGGACCCCGGCUUGACAGAGCCACCAGCCUGCAUGGCUGUGCUGGAGCCUGUGCUGACGUCAGCGGAUGACGUCGGCACUGCCCAGGUGGCGGUGCUGCUAGGAACGGAGGCUGCUCUGCUGAGAGUGGACGGGGAGACAGUGCAACGCGUGGGCGCUCCAGAGAUGGCAACAGCAGUGCAGUGCAUGGCAGUGUCUGCUUCCGGGAAGCUUCUGGCCUGUUUCACGGCUGAUGGGCAGCUGCAUGUGCUGCUGACGUCAGACCUCACCAGGCGCAUCUCCCACUAUGACACUCAGCUCGUCCUACCACCGGACGACAUGGCAUGGUGUGGCGAGGACGCUGUUCUUCUCUCCUGGCAGGACCCCCCCGCCCUCAUGCUCGUGGGGCCAGGCGAUGCCAUCAAGUACUCCCUGGGGGUCGAGGACGAGGAGGACGAGGAGGAGGAGGAGGAGGAGGGGGACGAGGGAGAUGUGAAGCCCUUUGGCUCGGCGGCUAUUCGCAGUGCACCAGCCCCAGCAUCAGCUCUCCACGCUGAAAGCGCUCAAGGCCGCCUCAUCCUCAUCCCAGAGUGCGACGGCGUGCGCCUGCUCUCCUCCUCCCACUCCGACUUCAUCUCUCGGGUCCCCGAGCCCACAGUAUCAGCCUUUGCCCUGGCCAGCACAGCGCCCCCAGCGCUCCUCCUGGAGGCGUUUGACCUGUUCGAGAGGCGGUCGGCCAAGGCGGACGAGCACGUGCGGGCGAUGGGGGUUGGGGUGAUGGGGGCGGCGGUGCAUGCAUGCAUGGAUGCUGCUGCGCACGAGGUCGACCUGGAUGGCCAGAAGAGGCUUUUAUCCGCUGCAGCCUUCGGAAGGGCAUUCUGCAGGAAGUUUCCUCGUGAUCGCAUGAUGAGUCUGUGCAAGGACCUGCGAGUGCUGAAUGCAGUGAGGCGGGCGGAGGAGGAUGGGCUCACCAACGGGAUGCGCGCCAUGGAGAUGGCUGGCAUGCCACUUACCUACUCCCAGUACAAGGAGCUCUCCCCUGCGCGGCUCAUCGCUCGCCUCUGCUCCACCCACCACCACCUGCUGGCCCUUCGGGUCGCUACGUUUCUCAGCCUUCGGACAGAGAGCGUGUUGGAGCAUUGGGCCAUAUCCAAAAUCCUCUCGGCAUCUCAAACACCCGAUGAAGUGCUUUACGAUACCAUAAUAAAGCAGGUUGACACCGACAAGAGGGGAAGCCUUGCGGUAUCUUUUGCAGCCAUAGCUACAGUCGCGUUUCACACGGGCCGGCACGAGCUGGCGACACGGUUACUGGAGAGGGAGGUUCACACGGGGAGGCAGGUGCGACUGCUGUUGGAGAUGGGUGCAUUUGAAGCGGCUCUAUGGAAAGCAGAGGCGGGGCCAGACGCGGACUUUGUGUUCCAAGUGCUGUUCCAACUGCUGGAUAAGGCACCAGAGGAGCAGGUAUUUGAAAUGCUCAAGAGCCACCCAACUGCCCGGAGCCUCUUCAUCUCAUACUGCAAGAAGUCCGACAUUCCUCUGCUCAUGCGAUUCUAUGAGCGCUGCUCCAUGCACCAGUGUGUGGCAGAGCAGAUAGUGCAGCAGGCAGCACAGGAGGCAGGGAGCGUGUGGCCGCAAGAGAGGGUGAGGGAGCUGGAAGCAGCAGCAGAGCUUUUCACGAGGACUAGGGACAAUGGUUUUCAGGCCAAAGCAGUGGAAGAUUCCGUAAAGCUUCUGCGCAUUCAGCAACAGCUGGAAGCAGCAGGAACGGUGCAGCUCCCCCCUCCCACUGCUACUGCCACUGGUCAUUCAGCAACAGCUGGAAGCAGCAGGAACGGUGCAGCUCCCCCCUCCCACUGCUACUGCCACUGGUGUAGGGGAGGGUUCCCAAGGGGGAGGGGAGGGGGAGGAGGGGAGGAGUGUGGUGGGGGCGAGUGUGAACGAGACGAUUGCUGCAUGCCUGGCAGCAGGCAACAACCGAGAUGCUCAGAAGCUGAAGAGUGAUUUCAAGGUCCCAGAGCGCCGCUACUACUGGCUAAGGCUGCAGUCCCUAGCCCGGUCGAGGGACUGGGAGGGGCUGGACAAGCUGUCCAAGGAAAGACGCCCUCUGGUGGGCCUGCGGGCGUUUGUGGAGGCGUGUGUGGAGCAAGGGGCGCUGCUUGAAGCUGCCAAAUACGUUGGGCGGAUUGGGGACGCUGCGGACAGAGAGGAGCUCUCUCGCCGGUUCAACCUUCCAGACAUGUCAUCAGAAGCAGCAGCUGCCGCAGCAGCAGCGAGGGGCGAGGGCGCAAUUCUCGGUACGUUGCGGUCUUUCGCUGCUGCUGGCAGUGCAGCAGGGGCGGCUGCUGUUGCGGCAAACCCUGCAGCUUCUUCCUUUUUUGGUUUCGGCAGCUUAUCCUUCACUGGUAGAGGUGAAGGAUGAACCCUCUGGAUAAAUAUUCUGCAGGUUUUACAGAGUGCUAGAGUUAGCAAUUCAAGGCACAUUUGCAAAUGUGUACGCUUAGUCCAAUGUAUCUGGUACUUGAAUCUGGUACACGCCCAGCACAACAUAUAUCCGACCUUCAGG